AUGACCGGACCUUCCCACGUGAAAAUGAUCUUGGCAUCGCCAAGGCAAUUCAUUGUCCUUGUGUAUGCAUUUACCAUUCGUCUCAUCCUCAUUCUCGCAUCAAGACUACUUUUACCCCCAACUCCGCGAUAUCAGUCGCUACGAAUCGAGAUACAGCGGGCCUUUCAAACAUCUGCAUCUCUCCACUUUCGAACAUUCACUCACCGCUUGCCUGCCGAAUAUCCGCCGAGCGACGCUCGACCUGUCAGUGGAAGGGGAUUCGCCGGGUACCUGGUGCCUGGACAGAAGUUACACAGCGUGGAAGAUCUUGGAAAUUCCCCAAAGAAUGCCAAAGUUGUACUGUACGCUCAUGGAGGCGGAUAUGCUAUAGGCGUUGCUCGAAUGUAUGUUCCGUACAUGAAAAGAUGGGCAAAUCUAGCCAAGGAACGUGGCAUAGAACUGGUGUUUCUUUCCGUUGAAUACACCCUCAGCACGGAAGCUCCCCAUCCCAGACAAAGGAAUGAGUUCAUUGCAGCUUAUAAACACCUUCUUGAAGCUGGGGUGUCAGCGUCUCAGAUCAGUUUCAUGGGAGAUUCUGCCGGGGGAGGCAUCUGCACCAACAGCGCACUUCACCUCCCCUCACUUUCGCUUCCUCAACCAGCUAGCACAAUCCUUGUCUCGCCAUGGUUAGAUAUGGAGAUGAACGCCUUCCAAGGAGGCUCACAUGCAGUCAUGAGCGACUACUUCGUCCAGGCCAAUGAUGCUGUGCCGGGUCUUGUCAAGCUCUUCAUUGGUAAAGACUACAAACCAACCGAUCCUGCCGUUAAUCCCCUCUACCAAGACGUCAAGGUAAUCGAAUCACUCAAUCCUCAACUUAUAUUUGUUGGAGCAGCUGAGUUUGCUCUCUACGACUCUAAAACAUGGGCUUCUCUAUGUCGGAAGGCAGGGGUGAAGACGAAUCUACAGAUUGAGUGGGGACAGUUGCAUAUCUGGGCUAUGGGAUCAAAGUGGAUCGAGCCGGCGCUGAGGAUGCGGACUGAUAAUCGAAUAUUAGAUUGGAUGGAGGGUUCAAAUAUGCAGUAG